UGUGCCAACGCCAGCGGCCAUGGCGACGAUGCGCUACGGAAUGCGACGGCCACGUCCAUGCGAAGGGCAAAAGGCUCGGUGGAGCAGGCUCUACUUUCCUUGCAGAAACGGUCAAGUGGAGCAGCAUAUAGCAUUGCCAUCAGCGUCCUCCAGAAGAAUAGCCAGUGGCAAAAGGCCUUGGACCUGUUCCAAGACUAUCAGGCUGCAGGCGUCCGAAGCUCUUCUCCAAAGGUCCACAAUGCGGCUCUGGGGGCGGCCUGUGCAGGACUUGGAUGCCUUGGCGUCGUCAGAGCUGCUGCUGAUCAUACUGCCCGGCCGAAGUGGUGCACCGCUGGCAGCAACCGGUGGCAGUUGGAAUAUCAAUGGGAUUUCACAGGAUUUAAUCUUGAAUCGGAUCUCUAUAUAUAUAAUAUAUAG